AGAAUUAACCGGAAGUGACUUGCGGUCAUCGUUUGUUGCUGAUCCCCUGACUUGAUAUGGACGGCACGAAGCUUGUUGGGGUCAUCGGCGAUGAAGACACGGUCACGGGGUUCAUCCUAGCUGGCGUGGGGCACCGCUCGCCUGAAGGGACGAACUUUCUGGUGGUGAAGCAGAAUACGCCCAUCUCGGUCAUUGAGGACGCUUUCAAGCGACUGUCUACCCGCGACGACAUUGCUAUUAUUUUGAUCAACCAACAUAUCGCGGAAGAAAUCCGCCAUUUAUUGAACGCUUACGACAAAACGAUCCCCACGGUGUUGGAGAUCCCGAGCAAGGACAUGCCAUACGACCCAGCAAAGGACUACAUCAUGAAGCGUGUCAACUUGAUGCUCGGUGAAGGCCAAUAGUCGAACUAGGUGCAAACUUCGUUGUUAACACCGAUGUACAGUGUAAUGAAUGGGACACUAGUGCA